CCUCUCCACGGAAGGGAGAAAGAGAGCAAGAUGGCGGCGGCGCCGUCUGCAUCGACGGGCCUGGCGGGGGGCAGAGCUCCGCGGCGCACGGCCGGGAACCGGCUGUCGGGACUGCUCAACGCGGAGGAGGAAGACGAGUUCUACAAGACGACCUACGGGGGGUUCACGGAGGAGUCGGGAGACGACGAGUACAAAGGCGACCAGUCAGACAGCGACGACGAAGUCGAUUCUGAUUUCGAUAUUGACGAAGGAGACGAGCCCACCAGCGACCAGGACGACGAGGGGCCCAAGAGGAAGCGCAGGGUGGUCACCAAAGCCUACAAGGAACCCAUCAAAAGCCUGAGGCCCAAGAAACCAGAUGCGCCUGCCAGCAGCUCCCAGAAAGCGAGGGAGGAAAGAUCCACGCCAGCCGAGCUCCAGGACGAUGCAGGAGACAGCCGCAAGCACAUGCGCCAGUCGACGACAGAGCACACCCGCCAAACCUUCCUACGCGUGCAGGAGCGCCAGGUGCAGUCGAAGCGCAAGAAGGGGGCCGGGCCAAGCUACGACCGGCCGCUCACCCAGGAGGAGCUACUCGAAGAGGCCAAAAUAACGGAGGAGAUCAACCUGCGCUCUCUGGAGACCUACGAGCGCCUCGAAGCAGACAAGAAGCGGCAAGUCCAGAAGAAGCGCAAGUGCCUGGGGCCGACCAUCCGCUACUUCUCGGGGGCCAUGCCGCUCAUCUCCGACCUGGGCUGCAAGGAAGAGAACGUGGAUGUCGAGGGUUUGGACCAGGAUGCGCAGCCGCCCUCGGAGGCGCCGCCCGCAACUUCCGCCCCGGCCGCGAAGUGCUCCCGCACCUUCAUGACCUUCAGCGAUGACGAGACCUUUGAGCGCUUCUUCCCCAGAUCUCGCGCCCCGAAGCUGCCCGUGAAGGAGAUCUGCCCCGUCACUCACAAGGCCGCCAUUUACCGCGACCCCAUCACUGACAUUCCCUACUCCAACAUCCGGGCCUUCAAGAUCAUCCGCGAAGCAUACAAGAAGUACAUUACGGCUCAUGGCUUGCCGAACGCGGCUGCCGCCUCGGCCGCCCUCGGGGUGGGCCCCCCAGUGACUGACUCCAAUGUCCGGGCCACCAGGCAGAAGAUCAUAAUCAAGCAGAGUGUCCCGGCCUCAUAGGACACCACAAGAUGGGCUCCCCCUUUUGGUUGAUUGCCGUGGACACCCCCUUCUGUUCCUGCAGAAGAGCUACAUGAAAGGAAACGGACACUGUCACCUCUUCGCUUGUUCUCUGGACUCCUCCCUCUCUCCCUCUCUCCCUCCCUCCCUCCCUCUCUCCCUCCCUCUCUCUCUCUCCCUCCCUCCCUCUCUCUCUCCCUCCCUCCCUCUCUCUCUCCCUCCCUCUCUCCCUCCCUCCCUCUCUCUCUCUCUCCCUCCCUCCCUCCCUUCCUCUCUCUCUCCCUCCCUCCCUCCCUCCCUCCCUUCCUUCCUUCCUUCCUUCCUUCCUUCCUUCCUUCCUUCCUUCCUUCCUUCCGCCUUAGCUGUCGUUUCUUUCCCUUUGCCAAACCUGUUCUGAGAUUGAGGCCUGUGCUGCUUGUAGGCUGGCCAGAUCCUAUGCUGCCUUUGAGAGUAUCCCAUCCAGAGUAUCACCAUUUCCCACCUUGCCUGGCUGCCCGGCCACAAUCCGUGACUGCUGGAGCAAGCCGGUCCUUCGUCACCCCACACUCCUGCAAAGCAAGAAGGCUCAGAUUUUCUCCUGGAAGGACUCCCUUCUUCAACUGGGGGGCUGUUAAUGCUAAUUUAUCAAGCUCUGGGUUUCGGGCGUGCCAUGGGGCAGCACAUUCAGGCAAAUAGUGGUAAGGCAUCGCUUCCUGGUUGGCUCCCCCUCAACCUGGUUCUAAGGCCGGCAGCAAGAGCUUUUUUGAGACUGGCGUGGGCAAGGAGCCCGUGGACAUAGAGUCUGAAAUCGGACACACCUUUUUUCCCAGCUGUUACUUUCCAACUCUAAAGAAGCGGCUCUUUAAAAAAUAAACAUCUUCAGAUAUGA